AUGGCAGACCAAACCGAACCAGUGCAUUUCUUCGAUCUUACGAGUGCUCUUGAAGGACCACGCCAGUCAUGGUCGCCCAACACGCUCAAGACUCGCGCCAUCCUCAACUACAAGGGAAUCAAAUACACGCAGUCAUGGAUAUCCUACCCGGACAUCGCGCCCAUAUCCAAGGCCCUCGAGAUCCCCGCCAACCUCAGCGGAACCGUAUACUACACUCUGCCAGCCAUCGUCCAUAAAGCCUCCGUCUCCUCUAACCCGCACGGCGCCAUGCACGACUCCUUCCCCAUCGCUCUUCAUCUGGACAAGGCAUUCCCCGCGCCCGAAUAUCCCUCCAUAUUUCCCAACGGCCAGGCCAGCAUCGCGCUCGCAAUCGCCACGGAAAAGCUUCUAACCGCGUCCGUUGCCAAGUUUGUGCGCAUGCUCUUUGCCGGAGUGUCGGGCAUCCUCGAUGAUAGAGGGAAAGAGUACUUCUCAGACACCCGUCUCCCGCGCUUUCAGACUCGAUACCCAGACAUACAGUCAAUGGCGGAAUUGCGGCCCGCGUCGCAGGAAGAGUGCGACACUAUUGUGGCGGACACGAACAAGGAGCUUCAGAUUUUUUCGACUUUGUUGGAGGGCCAGGCACAGAAUGCCGGUCCGUUUCUGGAAGGUGAGAAACCUGCUUAUGCGGACUUUGUGCUUGCCGCGUAUCUUGCGUGGUACGAGAGGUCGAAUCCGGAGGUAUUCGAUGCGCUUCUGGAGAGUAGUAAUGGUUUGCUUCGCAAGCACUGGGAAGCAUCGCAGCCUUUUAUCAAUGGUCAGGGUGUGACUAUAGACUGGGCGGUUCCCAAGCCCUAG